CACCAAGUUGUUACAUGAAAUCUGCAGUUUCAUAAUUUCCGCGGGUCGGGCCGGGCCGGCCGGGCGCGGGGCACGGCAAUGGCCACCACCGGGGCCCUUGGCAACUACUACGUGGACUCAUUCCUGCUGGGCGCAGAUGCCGCGGAUGAGCUGGGCGCGGGCCGCUACGCGCCGGGAGCCUUGGGCCAGCCCCCCAGGCAGGCCGCGGCGCUGGCCGAGCACCCCGACUUCAGCCCUUGCAGCUUCCAGUCCAAGGCGGCGGUGUUUGGCGCCUCGUGGAACCCGGUGCACGCGGCGGGCGCCAACGCGGUGCCCGCGGCCGUGUAUCACCACCAUCACCACCACCCCUACGUGCACCCCCAGGCGCCCGUGGCGGCGGCGGCGCCGGACGGCAGGUACAUGCGCUCCUGGCUGGAGCCCACGCCCGGCGCGCUCUCCUUCGCGGGCUUGCCCUCCAGCCGGCCUUAUGGCAUUAAACCUGAACCGCUGUCGGCCAGAAGGGGUGACUGUCCCACGCUUGACACGCACACUUUGUCCCUGACUGACUAUGCUUGUGGUUCUCCUCCAGUUGAUAGAGAAAAACAGCCCAGCGAAGGCGCCUUCUCCGAAAACAAUCCUGAGAAUGAGAGCAGCGGAGACAAGCCCCCCAUCGAUCCCAGUAACCCGGCUGCCAACUGGCUCCAUGCUCGCUCCACGCGGAAGAAACGCUGCCCCUAUACAAAACACCAAACGCUGGAACUGGAGAAGGAGUUUCUGUUCAACAUGUACCUCACCCGGGACCGCAGGUACGAGGUGGCCCGACUGCUCAACCUUACGGAGAGGCAGGUCAAGAUCUGGUUCCAGAACCGCAGGAUGAAAAUGAAGAAAAUCAACAAGGACCGAGCAAAAGACGAGUGAUGCGACUCGAGUUCAUUUAGAAAAGAGAGAGUGAGCUAGAGAGAAAGAAUUGCCCGUCCCCUUCUCCUACCCCCACCCCAGCCCACCUCAGCCUCCACCACCCCACACAAGGCGGUUGGAAACUCCAGGCCUCAUGUCCUAGGCAAACCCUGUUCAGGCUGGUUCCUUGGCCUGCCACUUUGAUGGAGGAGGUAUUGUAAGCUUUCCAUUUUCUAUAAGAUUAAAAAAAAAAAAAAAAAGGUGGGGGCAUUAGCGCUGAUGGCUUUAUGUGCUAGCUUGUAUAUAUUAAAAAAAAAAAAAUCUACCUGUUCCUGACUUCAAACAAACAAAAAAACUACCUUUUUAUAAUGCACAACUAUUGACGGCGGGCUGUAUAGUUUUUAGACUGUGUGUAGUUAAUUUAAUUUGCUCUUUGUGCAGCAGAGUGAUCUGCCCAGAUACUUGAAUACUGUGUUUUAUUGUGGUAAUUAUGUUUUGUGACUCAAACUUCUGUGAUGGGUGACGCACCCGUUGUGCUUGUGAAAGCUAGAAUUCGAUUUGAACUCAGGUUGUUUAUGAGGGGAGAAAGCAGUUGCAUAGAGUAUAGCUCUGUAGUGGAAUAUGUCUUCUGUGUAACUAGGCUGUUAACCUUUGAUUGUAAACUAGCUGUAAGGAUUUCCCAGUGACAUAAAAUUUUAAAACAAGAAAAAGAAAGAAAGCAUUCUCCGGGACGCAUAGAUUCAUGGUUUUCUCCAUUUUUGAAAUGCAGACAUUUUAGUUUCUACAUGCUCUCUAGACUGGUCUUGUCCAUUGUAUAUAUACAAUCCACAUAUUAAAAAAAAGUAAACAAGCUUGAAUAUUGUUUUUGCACCAAACAGUGAGGAAAUUUGGAGCUAUACGUAUGUGCAGAUGGUUACUACCUAUGGUUUACGUUUAAUUUUAAUUGGGGGAAAAAUGAAUGCUUAUUGUAAUGGAGUUAAUUUUAUUGAUAAUAAAUUAUACACUAUGAAACCGCCAUUGGGCUACUGUAGAUUUGUAUCCUUAAUGAAUCUGGGGUUUCCAUCAGGCUGAACGCACACUGUAUAUUUUGCAAUAGUUACCUCAAGGCCUACUGACCAAAUCGUUGUGUUGAAAUGAUAUUUAACUUUUUGCCAAUAAAAUAUAUUGAUUCUUUUCUAA